CUCGGCCGGUUGCUUCACGUAUCUUCCAACCUCCCUCGUCGUCUCCGAGUCGCCUCGCCCUCCUCCUCCACCUCCAAUCUCCCGGGAUUUAUUAUAAAUCUUUGAUAUAAUUCUUGGUUUAGUUCUGCAGCAGUCGUUGGAACUCGUCGACUUGGUUGAUCUCGAUUUUUCGCGAUUCCGGAGAGGCCUGAGGGUGUUGCAGAGUCCUACUAGUAUAUAUAUUUUGGAUUGCACUCGUUGGAAAAUUCUCCAAAGAAGACGAGUUGUGGUUGCUGCUAACUCCAUUUAACUAAAAUUUAUAUGUGCCUCUCCGAGAAUGGCAGUUGGAUCAUCCUUACAUUUGAUCCAUGAACUUGGUCUUGUUCGAAGCUUUGGCCCAACUAACCAACAUAAGAGCUCAAAAUUAAAGAGUUGUCGCCAAUUGGAGACGUUUCUCCUUUCUUCUUGUGCUUCGCGACAAGAUGUGUGGGGUCUUCAGAUUUCAGACAGUAUAUGGAAGCCAAUAGUUAGCAUUCCAUACCGGUACAAUGUUGUCAAAUGUCAGUCUUCUACUCUUCCAAGCUUUGGCCAUGUGAUCCCUCUACUGAGAAAUACUACUUUGAGUUUGACUAGUUGUUCUCAUAGGUCAUGCAAUGUGCUGCUUGGAAGUCCUCAUUCUCUCCAGUUAAUCCCUGCUAUUGGGAUCAUUGCUUUUGCUGUUUGGGGUCUUGGGCCAUUGAUGUGUUACCUAAGAAGCCUAUUUCGUAAUGACAGUAACUGGAAAAAGAGUAAAACAUACUUUAUUUCAGUUUCAUAUGUCCAACCGCUUCUGCUUUGGACAGGAACCGUACUUAUCUGCAGGGUUCUGGAUCCUAUAGUUCUACCCUCAGAAGCAAGCCAAGCUGUCAAAAUACGUUUCUUAAACUUCAUUAGAUCUUUAUCGACUGUACUGGCCAUCGCAUAUUGUCUGUCAAGCAUGAUUGAACGGUCACAGAAAUUCUUCAUGGAGACUGGCGUGGCUGAUGAUACAAGAAAAAUGGGUUUUCAGUUUGCUGGUAAAGCUGUCUAUACAGCAGUUUGGGUUGCUGCAGUUUCUUUGUUUAUGGAGUUGCUGGGUUUUUCCACUCAGAAAUGGAUCACUGCUGGUGGUCUUGGAACAGUACUGCUGACUCUUGCUGGUCGUGAGAUAUUCACAAACUUUCUUUCAAGUGUUAUGAUACAUGCGACACGUCCAUUUGUCAUCAAUGAGUGGAUUCAGACUAAGAUUGAAGGCAAUGAGGUUUCUGGUACUGUAGAGCAUGUCGGCUGGUGGUCUCCAACAAUCAUAAGAGGUGAUGAUCGUGAAGCAGUUCAUAUUCCUAAUCACAAAUUCACAGUCAGUGUUGUGAGAAAUCUCAGCCAGAAGACUCAUUGGCGUAUUAAGACCCAUCUUGCCAUCAGUCACUUGGAUGUUAACAAAAUUAGUAAUAUUGUAGCAGAUAUGCGAAAAGUUUUAGCAAAAAAUCCUCAAAUAGAACAGCAGAGGUUGCAUAGAAGAGUGUUUCUAGACAACAUUGACCCGGAAAAUCAAGCUCUUCUGAUACUUGUUUCAUGCUUUGUUAAGACCUCACAUUUUGAAGAGUAUCUCUGUGUAAAGGAAUCUGUUAUGUUAGAUCUCCUCAGAGUCAUCAGUCAUCACAGAGCUAGACUUGCAACACCUAUUCGUACAGUCCAGAAAAUAUAUGGUGAUCCAGACAUAGAAAAUGUUCCUUUUGCAGAAAGCAUUUUCAGGCAUUCCGCUGCAGCUAGUCGUCCAUUUCUUCUGCUCGAUUCCCAGUCAAGAAUCAAUGGUGAUGAGAAAACCAAACCACGUCAAACACCGCACGUGAGUGAGGACCAAACCAACAAGUCUGCUACAACAGUUGAUCCCAACCCAACUUCAUCAUCUGAUGGUACGGUGCCAAGCAACUUUGACAAGCACCAACACAAGAAGGCAAAUUCUGGAGAUGGUUCGCCUAAAAGUGUUAAGGCUGAACCUGCAGUAGCACCAUCUUCCAAUCCUCCCUCUACGGUUCAGCUUGAAAACUCGGAUGCAGUAGGGUCAACUCCAAAAGCUGGCAGCCAAAGGGCUGCCACAUCGGAGGCUGCUACAGAACAGGGUGAUGCUAAGAAUGAAGGUGAAAGGGUGCAAACUAUGAAAUCACAAGUUGCCAGGCCUGCCUUUGAAGAUAAUAUUGUCCUUGGUGUGGCUCUUGAGGGAUCGAAACGAACACUACCAAUCGAAGAAGGGAUGGGUCCAUCAUCCACACAAUUAGAGGCAAAUGAGCUGGCCGCUGGCCGAAAUGGGAAUGUGCCUUCUGCCUCUUCUAAGAAGAUCAAGGGUUCAGAUCCUUUGGUGGAUCAAAGGGAUCAAGAUAGCUGACCACGGCUCAAUCUCUUCCAGGGGCAGGGUAUCAUGAUCAAAAUGCACUUGUGUUUUUUUUUUUUCAAAGCAGCGGUGCAUGGAAGCUGUUUAUUUACUGGUUGAUCAAUGCAGCUGUAUAUGACUUCCAGUCUUUGUGAUCAUUGUGUGUGGGAAAUAGAUCGUGAGGUGCUUUAUGAUUUCCUUUGCUAGAUCAGGCAUAAAUACACAGUUUGCAAUGCGGGGGAAUGCCCUCUGAUGUGCUUGCGACAUGGUGCGCUGCCAUGGUCUAGUAUAUGGUUCAUAUGAUCACUGUGAUCUUGUAUACCAAUGUAACACAUAUUUCAGAGCCACUAAUGUUUGAGGCAGGCUACCUGUUCUCUCCUUUAAACGUUGAUCA